UUUAAGUCCGAAAUUUAGAAUCCCAAGUCUCUCUGAAUGAUAUUUCCUCAAUUGACCACCCCACCUCUAUUUCCUUUCUCUCAAUAUUCAAAGUUUGUGAACAAAUAGAACAUUCAGUGCAGAAUGUUAAUACUGAUAAUACAGCUAAUACUGAUAAUAAACUGAUAAUAAACCAAUCUGUUCUAGCACAUGUAUGGACAUGGGGAAUUAGAGGCACCUAAAGCUGCCAACACCAUUGUUUACAAUUCACACAAAGUUUUUACAUUAAGGUUUGCGGGUUAAAUGCAGAAAAUGGAAGUGCCAAUUCCAAGUGAUAAUAUAAUUAAGCAUAGGUGAAAAGUACUCAAAUAAAGAAAAUGAAGUUUACAUGCAACCCUUAAUGUUUACAGACUACACCUGCCCUUCAAAUCGGAUUUGCUUGCUACUUUAUUCAUAACUCUGUGGGAUAGUUCAAAAGAGUCCGACUGGUACGAAACGUUUACACAUUGAUUUUGUUUACAAGAUAAUACUGCCUCUCAUAAAGAAAGACAACCCACACUUGCCAUUUUAGUGAGGUCUGCACAGUAGAGACCACAAACAUUAUCAUUACUCUUACCAUUCCAUUAAAUAACACUUUAUUGACUGAUGUUUACAAUAUAUACAUUUUCCAGCAUCCUCAUCAUCUAUUUUGUUUUUGUGUGCUAAGUUGAAGUUGUCGAGACAAACUUCAAAUUGUCCUUUCACAAGUAUAGCCAUAAUAUAGGCCAGUACGUGCUAAGGUCUAGAACGUAGAAAUAUAGGAAUAUAUAAAACCUCAACGUUUACAUAAGCUGCUUACGAACGUGAAUAGAUUUGUAUUGAUAGCUUGAGAGAGAUGUUUACAUAAAUACAUACAAGUUACACGCCACACGCAUUGCUUGAACAAGCAAAAGCAAAAAUCACUUUUAAACGCCGUAAAAACGCCCGCACGAGUGUGUUUUCUGUACACGGAAGCACUAACAAAGGAUUAGUUCAUCGUAUUCCAAUUGAAACCUUGAGUAGAAGCUUUUUAUAUUUUUUAGACUUGCACGCCAGUGAAAUUCAAAGAAGACACUUUCCCUCUUGGAAGAGGACCUCGAUAUUUGAACACCCGGCGGCGGGUCUUUAAAAAAUAACACUUUGGCUCAGAAACGUUGAAAAAUGAGGCCAAGAACCUACAGAAGGAUGUUCAGCAACUCCCUCAUAUUUUCCCUUGUGUCCGGCCUCGUCCUUUCCGCCGUCACCAUCACCACAGAGCGCCGCUCAUCCAGCGGCACCACCCUGUUCCUCCUCACCGGCUUUGGUAACAAACCGAUGCCGCCGCCCCCGGGGGGGGCGAAGGUGGCGCCUAAAGCGGCUGAGAUGGAGGACGCUCACGACGGCGAGCCCAAAGAACCCGAAACGCUCCCCAAGCCCCUCCCCCAGAUCAAGCUCCCUCAGAACAUGACGGCAGCUGACGCCCUCAAGCCCCCUCUGGGUGCUGCCCAGGUGGCUCCGCCCCCCCGGCGCCUGGUGGAUGUGGACGUGUGUCGGGCCUACUACGACGUCAUGGGCCAGUUAGACAGCACUUUCAACUGCUCCAAGGGCACCUACAUCUACUGCUGCGGCACCUGCCACUACCGCUACUGUUGUGAUCACCAGCGUAGCCGCUUGGACCAGGAGUCGUGCAACAACUACAACUCGCCCGGUUGGCUCGACACACCGCAGACGAACCCCCCGCUGUCGGGGAACCGGGGUGACCCAGACUCGGAGCAGCUGCAGCAGCAGAGCAACAGCACGGCGUACGUGAUCGGAGGGGUGAUCUCCGUCACCCUGGUGGUGGCCGUGGGCAUCAAGGUGGCCUUCCACAAGAUGUCCCGACGACCCCGGAACAGAGACAUCAACAUGCCCAGAGCCCUGGUGGACAUCCUACGCAGCCAGGCCAGCCCAGUCCAACAGGGUGAGAGGAACGACAGCAGCGUCCUGACAAACGCCACCGUAGGAGACGGCCUCGGUCGUCCCCCCAAGAGCCUCUACACCCCGGUGCUCCAGAGCAAAGACAACCGCAAGCGCGUGCCCCGCAUGAACAACGCUCAGCUGGCCUCCACGGGGACCCUCCUCACCGGCAAGCACAGCAGCUCCGGCCUGCACCCGCAACCCCCUUUCUCGCACUCCUUCCACAACCUGGCCCAGCUUCCCCCCUCCUACGAGGCGGCCAUGAAACCUGAGAUCAGCCACUACAGCUCCCUGAAGAGGCUCGAGAAGGAUUUUGAGGACUACUCUGGCUACUACUCAUCGAAGCGACGACCUAACAACGCCCCUCUGUCGUUCCACUCCUCCCAGCACCACCUCCACUGGGGUGGUGACUACACUCUCGGAGCCAGGGGUACCCUCCCCCUCCACUCCUCCCGGACACAUAUCCACGUGCCCACAUCCACCCCCAACCCCUACCCUCUACCAGCCCAGUCGUCGGGGUACCAGGCUGCCUUCGACAAGGCCCCGCGGAGGGUCAUGUCCCAGGACCAGCUCCUAGCGCUUGGCGAGGGCAACACCCUCUCCAGACUCUCCAAGAACCAGCAGCACCAGUACUACAAGGCCAUGACCACCAGCAAGAGCUCCACCUCACAGACGCUUCGCAAGUCCCACGAGAGACUCCUAGUGUCGCCCGACCGUCUGGAGGAGAGGAUGGUGGGCAUGGGCAUGCCAGGGGUAGGCGGUAUGGUGGGUAUGAGCGGGAUGGGGGAAUUUGGGGGGAUGGGGGUCCCGACAAUGGGAUGCCUCAGCCACAAGGCCCAAUCACAGCAGAACAUCUGCGUCACACCCUCGCUGGACCGCCAUCACAUGAUCAAGAUGAACUCCCACCCCACAUCGGGCCACGAGCUGGAGAUGAGUGUGGCGGGCCACCCGGUAGGAAGCUGGGGGGACCCUCAUGGGCACGGACCAGGGGCCGGGGUAGGGCAAGGGAGCGGGGCGGGGACCAUCGGGGGCCACAACGUGCGGAGGAUGGCAUUCGCCGCCAAGAGGCAGAACACCAUCGAACAGCUCCAAUAUAUCCCCGGUGGAGGAGGAGGGGGCCAGACAUUGAGGACGGCUAGUAAGAACGAGGUGACCGUGUGAGAGAGUAAAGCCAACAGUGAAGGAGAGAUGAAAGUCGUGUUGAGAAUGUUCAAGCUGAACGUAUUCACGCAGAAAGGAAAGGGAGAGGAAGAGAAGGUCAACUGGGGCAUGAUGGAAAGAUAGAUGAAUAGAAGAAGAAACAAGAGAGGCAAGGGCAAGCUGAUGAGAGGGAGAGCGAGAGAGAGAAGGAUAUGACGGGGAUACUACGUCCCAACAAGAAUGAAAGAUGUGAGAGAAGAGUGGAUGCCAUUGUUACCUGUUGCCAGGAAACACAGAAAAGGGCAAUGAUAGAAAGAAACCUUUGAGAAAAUGUAAUUAUUAGAGGGAAUUUUGAAUGAAGCCUAUUGAUUUGAUUCAUGUUAUUGUGAGUCUUGGGAAAGAGAAUAUUCAACCAUAUUGUUGAGGAGGGAGAAAGAAAAAGGGCCAUGUAUAGAGCAAAAAAGGAACAAUUUCACAAAGUUUUUCGUGCUAUUGAAACAUUAUCUGAGCACAUGAUGACUUUUACUAGUGGAUUAAAUGGUUAUUGGGUUUCUUGUUGCUCUGACAGAGAGAACGAAACUGUCUUUGAAUCUGAACAGACACUGAGAUGGAAUGCAGAACAAUGUUAUGGUGGUUUAACUUUUGUAAAAAAAAAAAAAUACAAGACUGUAAAUUGUUGUUUUUCGUAAAGGAAUAAAGCCCUGUUAGACAGUAUGUGUAUUCUGGGGGGGGUAUCACACAGCUAUAGCCUGAUGACUUGAUGGCUGACAAUGAGUGGACAUUUGAGUUGCCCAGUGUCACUGUCCUAAUUUUUGAUUGGACGACUUGAAAAUAGACACAUUUGGAGUACUGUUGCUAGCUACCACAAUCUCACACUACAGCCAUAACUUAGUCUGCAGACGUCUUGUAUAAGGUCAUGUAAGGGUUGAAACCUCUUGAUUAUGGCUGGAUUUCUUCAGUUAUUAUUAGCAUGAUUUGACACAAAUAUAACUUUGCUGCAUGACCUUUGCACCCUGAUUGGCUGGCUGGUCGACUUGAUGGCUGUCAUUCCCAUAGAGACCCAAGUCUCAAAUGAGGUCAGUUUCCAAACUGUGGAGCGCUGAUUCCAGUUAUGUUUAUAGUCACACAGAAAUGCUUUGACACUGUUAUUCGAUACACAAUGUCAGUCACGUUUUUAAGGAGUUAAAGACCACCUGAAAGGGAAACAAAAUAAACAAAAUUCUUGACCACAUGAGAAUGAAAGCUCAGUGAAGAUGUGUUAAUUUUGAGGGACACUGCCAUGCAGAGGAUUUACCUCGUGGCUAAUGCAAGGGCUUUGUUUAGCCAUACCUGCCCAUGGGUCUGUCCCUUAAAACAAUCUCCAAAACCAGUCAAGCUCCUGCUCCAUUGAUAAUCCUUUCUGAGCUGUUUACCAGGAUCGUGAGGUAAAACAUUGAUUUGUUAGUAGUUAAUAUACCAAUCACUACUUCGACUUCGCUGAAUUCCACAUGACUGUUUCUGAAACUCAAGCCGUUCACAAUAUUUGGAGGAAUGGAGGGAAAGGGAGAACAGAAGACAAUGGACACAACACCAAGGGCUAUUCUGAAAACUCUUUAUGUGUGUCUGUGGUCUGUACUAUGUUGGCUUUUUCUGUGUCAGUAUUGGAGAAAGUUUGUGCAACACUGCAGAAAUGACUGACACAUUUUGUAAGUGUGAAGAAAACCGAGUCAAUGCUGCAAAGCUACUUUGUGCCCUCGUGAGGUUGACAUUGAGUGUGACAAAAAGCCAUCAUACUAUUGUCUUUUUUACAUUGUGGGGGUGGACCUAAUGUCGUAUUUUGUACAUUUACAAAAGUUUAUUUUUUUGUGGGUUUGACAGAUUAUAAAAUGGAAGAUGUGGUCAUUUUUGGCCAAUUUUGAAAGGGUUGAACUCUCAACUUUGACUGAAGGGAUAAUGAGACCAUCGUAUUUACAAAAUCUUUGUAUAGUAUUUUGGCUCGCCCCUUUAACUGUGACUGGAUAAAGACAAAAAUGUAUUACUUUCAGCCAGACAAUGUUUUUAAAGCUCUAUGUUAUGUGUUUAUGGUCAUGGUUAUGAUUAUGAUUACUAUAGAUUUACUCUUUGAUUAUUAUUAUCAUCAUCAUCAUGAUUAUUAGUUCCCCUAUUAUUAUUAUUUAUUCUCUGUGAAGCUCAAUGUUUCCUGGAUUUUGAAUAUUCAUCUUUCUAGUGGAUUUUAACCUUUUUGUAUUCUUGAUUUUAAAAAAAUUAAAAAAGCAGAUGCAAUCAAAGUGAAAAGACAAACCGCAUGAAGAUGUCAAAGCCAGUGUUUGCGAUGUCAUAGUGCUGACUUAUGAUGUCAUGGCGUGUAUGUGUAAUGUACAUGCGUCUGUAUUUGUGUGCCCGGGUGGGUAUUUUAAUUUAUUUUCAGGAAUGCUGAGUCUCACAUUUGAUCUGACUUGGGAUAUGGCAAGUAAAGACAAUUGUGUUUCUCAGAGAAUCCACAAACUAUUUCAAACCCAAAGCUAUGAUAUUAUUAUUCAUAUUGGCUUUUUGGAUUCAAAAGCCUAGUAUCAGAAAGGACAUCAAUUAAAGCUGUCCUUGUAAAGUGACAUUCACCAAAGCAAAUGUAACUACAUCUACUUUUCUCACAUUUCAAGGUGUAGAGCAAAAGCUAUACAAUUCCAUUGUUUACAUUUUUUUUGUGAAAAUUUGUGCAUUUCGUUAUAAGAUUACAUUUGUGUGACCGGAAUCUCACUCUUUUCAAGAACUUUACUAUUUAUUGUAAAGAAUGAGGAUUCUGCUAGAAUAGUUUGGAGAAUGUAUUGUGACUUGCCUUGUUGUCUAACAUGAUUAUAUAUCACCAAUUAUAGGACUAGAAUGGUCCAAUGAUUUUUACAGUCAGAACUUCAGAUUCCAUAAUUGGAAUCUUGUUAAACUUAAACGAAGAGAGGCAAAAUAUAUUUAUGUCACAGGAAGAUUCAGUUAUUUUAAAUGUAUGUUUUUAUUGUACUUUUGGAGGUAUACUGAUGUUGUGAUUAUGUUUUUUGUUGAGUACGCCCUCAUUAAUCUGUGUGCCUGUAAAUGUACUGUUGAUUAAUGUGUGUGUGUGUGUGUGCCUGCAUGCGUGUGUGUGUGGUCUGAGGAAAUGAUUCCAGGUGUGUGUGGGUGGAGGUAAGAGGGAGGUUGUGGUAUAAAAUGGUUGUUUUGGUGUGUGGCUCGAGGGGUGACAUUUAGUGCCGUGAGGUUUUCCAGAUAGAAGGAAGUGGAAGUAAACAUGAGAUAGCUUUAUUGGCCCCUAAUUGUAUUGCGGGACAAUGAGGCAGGGGUGUACUGUAUUACCUCAGAAAAAUGUAUAGGGAUUAAUCUAAUAGAUAAACCCCAUGUCUGUUUCCAAGGCUAGCAAGUGAAGAUCUCACAAGCGUGCAACCCUUAUUUUGGUUAUUGGUGAAUUCUCGCAUUUGUAGAAUCAUACUGUUCAAUUGAUAAUAACAAUAAAAAAUCCCAACAAUUACACAUUUUUUUCUUUCACUGGGUUAUUGGUGUUCAUCAGAUCAACACAAAUUAUG